CGCGUUGGCCGCCCCUCACCUCCCGUCCAAGCUGGGCUCGCACCAACCUUCCUGAGGGGAGGAAGCCGCCACCGGCCUGGCUCCUACUGCUGCACGGCACCGGGGCCCCAGGAGCCGCCCCGCCCCUCAGCGCCGUUUCCAGCCGGAGGCCUUUGGCCGGUGCACGGCGGCAGCGGCGGGAGAUCCACAGAGGCGGCGGGAUCGGUUCGGCUCCAGGCGUUGCGAUGUCAGCUAAGAGAGCAUUAAUUCUGGACAGUGUUAAAAAAAAUAUUGGAUAUGAUACAACACCUUUGAAGACCAAUGUGAAAAAUCUAAGCACUUACUCACCAACAACAGGAACAUGUGAAAUGAGUCCAUUCUCAUCUCCCAUGAGUCAUGAUGCACAAAAUCUCAAGAAUCACCUAGUUUCUGGAGGAAACAGAGUGAAGCAGGAUGGUUCAGCAAGCAGAUUACCCAGAAGAGGGCAGUCUCAAGCAGAGAAGGAUGUGUUCAUGGAGUUGCAGUGCAAAGUGAAAAGGUCACUGAACAGAAUCCUGAAUAUAAGAGCAAAUCUGACAAGCCUCCAGGCUUUAGAGGGCAGUAGAGAGCUUGAAAAUGUUGGUGUCUCAGCCUCAUCUGGAAACUUGACGGAUGAAGUGCAGAAAACCGGAGAGCUAAUGAGUCAAGCAGAAGAAAUGCAGCUGCUGGAGAGAGACCAUGGAAAACUUGCCCGAAGGUAUGUUCAGACCACCGGUAGCUCUGUGUUCCUGAAGUCUCUCCUUGACUGAGCAGACCAACCAAUCCCCCACCUCUAACCCUCCCUCCAAGGAACAGGCAAGAAGAAAUUCUGUUCAGAGAUGACCUUUGCAUCCCAGGCCUUCUGUGGGAAACGGCUGCAUCCUGCCCUGCUCCUGUCAUCAUGCCACCAGCCCCCAAAAGCCAGUUAACUGUGACUGAAAUAAAUGCACCCAGCUUUGCAACA